GUCGGAGGCGGGCGUGGAAGGGGGGCUGGUCUCGCGCGGUCUUAGGGUGGAGUUCCUGGCGGCUGCGACGGUGAGCGACGGGAGGAGCAGCCUGGCGUUCUUCGGUCAGCGCCGGCGGAGGAGGCGGGGACGCCAUGGAGGGGAUUUCCUUCAUGAUGUGAGUCUCAUAGUAUGAUCAUGAAGUUUCUGUUUCAAGAAGUUUCUUCUGCAAUAAAAAUGAAUUUUACAUGGCAGAAUCAAGAUAAUUGGUUUGAUAUAUAAAAAAAGUGGUGCAUAUUUUUAAUUAAUAACCAUGACAACUUCUCAUAUGAAUGGGCAUGUUACAGAUGAAUCAGACAUUGAAGUAAAAAGUGUUGAUCUGACAUCUCCAGAAGAACCUCAGAGACAUCGAGAGAUGGCGGUUGAUUGUCCUGGAGAUUUGGGAACAAGAAUGAUGCCAGUACGUCGAAGUACACAACUAGAACGAAUUCGCCAACAGCAAGAGGACAUGAGGCGUAGGAGAGAAGAAGAAGGAAAAAAACAAGAACUGGACCUUAAUUCUUCCAUGAGACUUAAGAAACUAGCACAAAUUCCUCCCAAAAUUGGAAUAGAUAAUCCUAUAUUUGAUACUGAGGAAGGAGUUGUCUUGGAGAGUCCUCAUUAUGCUGUGAAAAUACUAGAGGUGGAAGACCUGUUCUCUUCACUCAAGCAUAUUCAGCACACUUUGGUAGAUUCCCAGAGUCAGGAUGACAUUGCUCUGCUUUUACAACUUGUACAAAAUACUGAUUUCCAGAAUGCAUUUAAGAUACACAAUGCUGUCACAGUGCAUAUGAAUAAAGCCAGCCCUCCGUUUCCUCUUAUCUCCAAUGCACAAGACCUUGCACAGGAGGUACAAGCAGUUUUGAAACCAAGCCAUCAGAAGGAAGGACAAGAGUUAAAUGCUUUGCUAAAUGCUCCUCAUAUUCAGGCACUUUUAUUGGCCCAUGAUAAGGUCGCUGAGCAGGAAAUGCAGCCAGAGUCCAUUACAGAUGAGAGAGUUUAUGAAAGCAUUGGCCAGUAUGGAGGAGAGACUGUAAAAAUAGUUCGUAUUGAAAAAGCUCGAGAUAUUCCCUUGGGUGCUACAGUUCGUAACGAAAUGGAUUCUGUCAUCAUUAGUCGGAUAGUGAAAGGAGGAGCUGCAGAAAAAAGUGGACUGUUGCAUGAAGGAGAUGAAGUUCUGGAGAUUAACGGCAUUGAGAUUAGGGGAAAGGACGUCAAUGAGGUUUUUGACUUGUUGUCUGAUAUGCAUGGCACACUCACAUUUGUGCUAAUUCCUAGCCAGCAGAACAAGCCCCCUCCUGCCAAAGAAACAGUAAUCCAUGUUAAAGCUCAUUUUGACUAUGAUCCUUCUGAUGACCCUUAUGUCCCUUGCCGAGAAUUAGGCCUGUCUUUUCAAAAAGGAGAUAUACUUCAUAUCAUCAGUCAAGAAGAUCCUAACUGGUGGCAGGCCUACCGGGAAGGAGAUGAAGAUAACCAGCCUCUGGCGGGACUCGUUCCAGGGAAAAGCUUUCAGCAACAAAGAGAAGCCAUGAAGCAAACCAUAGAAGAAGACAAGGAACCAGAAAAAUCAGGAAAACUGUGGUGUGCUAAGAAAAAUAAGAAGAAAAGAAAAAAAGUUUUGUAUAAUGCUAAUAAAAAUGAUGAUUAUGACAAUGAGGAGAUACUAACUUAUGAGGAAAUGUCACUCUAUCACCAGCCAGCAAAUAGGAAAAGGCCUAUCAUUUUGAUUGGCCCACAAAACUGUGGCCAGAAUGAACUUCGUCAGAGGCUUAUGAAUAAUGAAGCAGAUAGGUUUGCAGCUGCAGUUCCCCAUACAACUCGGAGUAGACGAGACAAUGAAGUAGCUGGCAGAGAUUACCACUUCAUUUCACGACAGGCUUUUGAGGCAGAUGUAGCUACUGGAAAGUUUAUUGAACAUGGUGAAUUUGAGAAAAAUUUGUAUGGUACCAGCAUAGAUUCUGUGAGACAAGUAAUCAACUCAGGCAAGAUAUGCCUUUUAAAUCUUCGUACGCAGUCACUGAAGAGCCUUCGGAAUUCAGACUUGAAGCCAUAUAUUAUCUUCAUUGCACCCCCUUCACAAGAAAGGCUUCGUGCAUUAUUGGCCAAAGAGGGCAAAAAUCCAAAGCCAGAAGAAUUGAGAGACAUCAUUGAGAAGACUAGAGAGAUGGAGCAAAACAAUGGCCACUACUUUGACACUGCAAUUGUGAAUUCAGAUCUAGAUAAAGCAUAUCAGGAGUUGCUUCGAUUAAUUAACAAACUUGAUACUGAACCUCAGUGGGUACCAUCCACCUGGCUAAGGUGAAAAAAAAAAUAAUCAUUCCAUAGCAUGAUUGUACUUUUCUCUGGCAAACUGCCAACAAGGAAAAUUGCCUCCAUACUUUAAUGAGACUUGAGUAUUAGGUGGCCAACAGUAUCUUUAUACCUCUGCUUUUAUAUCUCUUAUGUUAAUAUGAUUGGGAAACGGUGUUCUAGCUGUUUGUGAAGAGAGUUCUUCACCUACGUCAUUUUAGGGAUUCCUUACUCAUUUUUGAUUGUAAAUUUAAGCUUCAAACAAAGCAAUCCCAUUUUAAUCACAAAAAUCUUUCAGUCCUGUUUUUACUUAAUAACUAAAUCCGUUUUCUAUUCAGUCACAUUUCCAUAAAAUGUAGUACGUGUGCAUACAUGUGUAUAUGUAUAUAUAUAAUACAAUCCAUGUCACAUAACUAUAAAUAUUGAUGUUAUUUAACACUUAAAAGAAUUUACCUUGUGGAAUCUUUGGUCAUUUCAGAAUAUGCAUUAACUACAGGGCAGGACAUAAUUUGCCCAAAAAAACUGAUUUUAGUCAUCAGAAGUGCUUUCUUUAAAAAAAAAAAAAUAGGCAAAAAUACAACGAUUUAGUUGUACUUUUUAUUAAAAAGAUAUGCUACUUUGAUCUGGUUCAACCCUGUUAGGCUUGAGUUCAUUCUUAAGCGCAUUAUAUUUUAUCAUAAACUAGAUUCUGUUUUGACAGCACUGUAAUUUGGCUAAUGUUUAUAAUGUAAAUAUUUCAGACUUCCAUCUUUUCAGAACAAACUUUGUACAUUAAACUUAACUUCACAUUCAGCAGCCUUGGGUCCAAUGAAAGACACCGUAUGGUUGGUUUUUUAAGUGUGAAUAUUUUAUGCCCCUCUCUUUUUUCUUUAAAUUAUAUACCAACUGAUUUGAGAACUUCUUCCUUCCUCCGAUCUGUAAUACAACAGAAGAAAUAAGUUACAUUAUUAUGGAAGAUGUUCAUGUGAAAUGUGAUUUUUAAUAAAAUGGGUUUCUUCCUCAUAAUGCAAGCAACUUUAUUUUUUUAAAAAAUAUGAGGAUACUGAGUACUAGAUGAUGUCUUAUAUUUUAAUAUAUGAGCAUAGCAUUUCUUGUGACUGUUAUGGGUAAUAAACUGGAACUAUGAUUGCUGAAUAUAGCUGCUAUACUGUAAACUGAUAUUUAAUAGAUCAAGCAAUGAUUUUCAUCCACUUACUCAAUAUUCGAGUAAAAUUAGGUAAAUCCUGGUGAAAUACUGUAAAAAUUGACUUUGAGAUCAGAAGGAAAGGAAGACCUGAAAGUCAUUUGAUAGCACUUUAGGAAAGCGGCAUUGGAAAAAUUAUUAAAUGUACAGAAAUAUGAGUUUUGUCCUAGCAGGGUCUGCCUCAUGAGACCAGAAUGCCACUGCAAGCUACAUCUGGAGUUUGUAUGACUUAGUCUUAAAGUUUGCUCUGUAGCUGUCCAUCUUUACAUCUUUACAACACGACCAUUGGCGUGGAAGGGUGGUUUUUUUUCAGUCUCUUUAUCCUUUAGGAGGUAAUAUGUGAUUCAAAUGAAGAGUUACAGGAGGGAGAGAGAGGACAAAACAUAAAAUGUGAAUGUUAAUUUUCCUUCUUAGUAACUUUCACUGCAAUAUUUCCUCGUUCCCAAAACUAAACACUGGAAUGAAGUUGACUUGUAGCUUAAUUUAACCUAAGCUGUUCAGAUUUUAAUGGUCUGUCACAUUGUCUUGCGUAUACACUAAGUUUUUGUAUACAUCACCUGUAAUAGAAAGCUCUAGGGAGUCUACGUUGCUUUAUUUUUUGUUCAGAUUUGAAGAGCCCCUAAGUGGACUGGAAAGGUGUAAUGCAUGGCAAUAUUUUUUUAAUAUUUUUCCUUAGUAUGAAAUUGCUAUUUCUGUUGUUGAGGGAUUUAAUGAGUCCUUUUCUCCUCCAUUUGGGGACGCUAUGGCUGACAUCUUGCCUGAGGAGUUGGAAUGAGAAGGAAGUACUCACUGAAUUUGAGGGCACAAAUAAGGAUUUUUUACUUUGCACUUAGCUUUUCAAAUCUCUGCAAUUUUACUUUGUUCUCAGGAAUAAAAGGUGGAGAUUA